CUCUCAGUAAGGUAUUAUUGAGGGUCCUAGUAGCACCAGGCACUUAGCAUAUUUCCACUUCAAUUCAGCAUUUGAUACAGCUUAUCCAUACACAUUACAUGGCUGGCACGGCGGAAGGUACUACCUAUUCCGCAUUUCUUCAGGCUGGAGCUCACGCUGGGACCUGGUAGCCAACAAACUGUGUCAGCUUCAGGCAAAUUCCUUCAGUGAUUCAAACAAACACUUCGGAGCGAAGAGUGAUUUCGGUGCUCGCUGUCGUCUUUUGACGAUUUCUCACAAACAAAGCCAAUUCGGCCGCCGGCGAUUUUGCGCUCAAAAGCGCUUGCUUACUCGCCCCACCGUCGCCCACCACUAGUCACCAAAGAGACCGAACGAGAACACCCUAGAAAACAUGGCGGACAACGCCGAGAACGGCAGCCCGGCGCAACCCGGCCCGGAGGUGGCCCCGGCCGCGGCCGCGAGCGAGCAUCUGAACGUGAAGGUGACCGACAACAACAACGAGGUCUUUUUCAAAAUCAAGCGCAGCACGAAGCUGGAGAAGCUUAUGACGGCCUUCUGCGAGCGGCAAGGCAAGACGCUCGCGUCCGUCAGGUUCCUGUUUGAGGGACAGCGCGUGCAACCCACCGAUACCCCGGACACGCUGGAAAUGCAAGACGGAGAUACCCUUGAAGUUCACCAAGAACAGGUCGGUGGUUUCUAAGCGCUGAUGGGGGCUCGGUGACGGGAGGGGAC